AUGGUAAAUACACAAGUGACUAAUUUGGAAAUUGGACCUAUGCCAGAAAGUACACAAGAUGGUGCUACAACAAAUGACAUGGUCUGUCAGAAGGUACAACAGCAACCAGCAUCGGAUUUGUUGGAUGAGGAAGCAGAAGAGGAGGAUAGUUUGGAGACAAACACCAUCAGUCUAACAUCCACAGACGAUGACGAUAGAGAAGACAAAUCUGAGAUUAUACAGCUGCAAUACGACGAUGAUGAUGCCGAUGAAUACUAUAUUAGUGGAGACGAUGAGAAGGAAGAAAUUGGGCGGUUUGAUAGCGAUAAUGAAGAAGAAGAAGAAGAAGAAGAAGAAGAAGAGCAAGGCUUGUUGACUGAUCAACCUAGGUACAAGCGCAUGAACCUCAAGGGCGAAUCUGAAUCAGACAAAGAUCUCAUCAUCUACUCAUUGAAUGAAUCAUUGCAAAUUCACAAGGAGAUUGUCGAACGGAUACAAAACGAAAAGGAUGACAUUGAAUACCAAUAUGAGCAAGAGAGAGAGCUUGAAAAUCAACAGAUACAAAAAGAAAAGGACGAACGAGAGGAGGAAGCAAAGAUUGCAGGCGAGAAAUUAGGUCGAUUAGAAGGAUUAUACCAGUCGUUGCUAAAAGAACUGGAGGCUAAAAAGUUGGAUUAUCGUCGAAUGGAGAGUCGCUUUCACUCGCAUGUCAAGAACAUCCGUAAUUCGACAGAUCAAGUAUCGAUAGAACAGCAGCUGAGAAGUGUAAUUCAAAAAGUGAGUGAUUUAUGUUUGCCAUUAAGCGACACAGCUACAGCAAGUACAUUGGAUUACUUCUUUGGUUACUGGCCAGACAUGAUGCAGCAUUUCUUUGAAAAUGAAGAACUAGACACAGCAGCCAUCUCCUUACUCACAGAAAAGUUAUUGAUGGACACAAUUAUGCAGGAUAUCUUGCAGACAUCCAUACAUCCAGGUGUCUCCCUCAAUCAUGCAUUUGGUAAAAUACACCAUUGGGUAGAGAAACGAAACACAUCGUGGGCUGCUCGAAUGAAGCAGCAGAUCAGCAGUUUUGUUGUCAAGCAGUCAAAUGAAGAGGCCGAAGCCAUUGAGGCAGCUACAAAUCGUAUUAUAGACACCACAUCGCAACAACUAUGCCAAAUAUACAACGUGGUGGAUGCCAAGCAGACAAGCGAGAUCAAGCUAAAAUGGUCAAAUAUAGUGCACGAUGCUCUUCAGCUGAAUACCAUGAUCAAAUGCCAAGAGCACCCUACAAUAGAAAUUCUACAUAUCGAGGAAGGCGCUUACUACAACGAGUCAACGAUGGAAAGUAGCCGUGAGGGCGGUGUGGUGGCAUUUGUUAUCACGCCACCGUUUGUGGCUUCUAGCUCGUCAAGUGAUGAAGAUGGAUUUAUGAUUCCAGCAAAAGUGUACUGCGUUUAG